AUGGAUUAUCUCUCAGCUUGGGCAGUUAAAGAAAUUAACCUGGAUUUGGAGGCUGCAGGGGAGGCAAGACUUCUUCAACUAAAUGAGUUAGAUAAGCUUCAACUAGAAGCAUAUGAAAACCACAAACUUUACAAGGAGCAAACAAAGAGAUUUCAUGACAAGAUGAUUAUGAAGCGGGAGUUUCAUGUUGGUGACAAAGUUCUAUUAUACAACUCUAGACUACGGCUCUUUCCUGGAAAGCUUAAGUCAAAAUGGUCUGGACCUUUUGUUGUCACUGACGUGAAAGCACAUGGAGUUAUUGAAGUGGCCAAUGCAGCUAGGACGAAGUUUAAAGUGAAUGGGCAGCGUCUGAAACUGUACCAUGAGGGAGCCUUUAUCGGCCAUGUAGAGGUUAUGUACCUAGACAAUCCCUGA